CAGAAGCCGAAGGAGGCUGUAGCUUCAGGUUUAUUUUGUUUUAAAAAAGGUAGGGUGGGUAGGGAGCUUGUAUUUGGCAAGACGGCAUUGCAGGCACAGAACAAAACCAAGAAAGGACAUUACCCCUUUUUUCUGGGCAGAUGGCAAAUGUAGACUCAUGAAACAAGUCACUAGUGCUGUAGCCCUGCCAUCCUUAGUGCCCACGUAUGUCACCCGUGCAAUGCAGAUGAACUUGUCAAUUGGCUGUGCGUUGGGUUCUAGUAUUUUGUGCCUCAGUUUACAUUUCCAUCAGUGUUUUGUGCAUGACAGAGAAUAUUCCUCUGUGUACGCUCCAGAAUGUAAUGCCAUUGUGACAAAUAUAUGUACAAGUCUCUACGCAUACACUCAGAAGCACAACAUAUGUAAGAGCACUUUAGAACCCAACGUGAACCAUGACCUUUCAUCACAGCCGCUGGAUUUCCUGGAAUAAUCCUUGGAAAGCAGAUAGUGCCCGGAAGUUUAAGGGCCCAAUUCACCACUUGGUUACAUACAUUUUACAUCAGGGUGACUGCACUAUCUUCAUCUGAGUCGGCCCAGCAUAAAACUGGUGUAACAGGGUGGUGAAUUGAGUCCUAACUAUUAGGGGAAUCAUGCGCCUGCUGUUACCGGAAAACCUGGCAGGAGAGAUGCAUCUUACAUGUCUCCCUGAGGUUCAGACAGAUGUCUUUCUGGUGGGAUCAAAUUCCAGGGGUGGCUUUUCAGAAAAGAAUUACGAGUGGAGCUCUGAAGAGGAAGCGGCUGUGAAGAAGCCGGGGCCAGUCCAGGUGCUCAUUGUUAAAGAUGACCAUUCCUUUGAGCUGGAUGAGGCCGCGCUGAACCGCAUCCUGCUCUCAGAGGCCGUGAGAGAUAAAGAGGUAGUUGCUGUGUCUGUCGCUGGAGCUUUCAGGAAAGGAAAAUCGUUCCUGAUGGACUUCAUGCUGAGAUACAUGUACAACAAGGAAACCAUUGACUGGCUCGGCGAUUACAAUGAACCGCUGACGGGCUUCUCGUGGCGAGGAGGGUCUGAGCGGGAGACGACUGGCAUUCAGAUAUGGAGUGAACUCUUUCUUGUGGACAAACCAGACGGUAAAAAGGUUGCCGUGCUACUGAUGGACACGCAGGGGACGUUUGACAGCCAGUCGACUCUGCGGGAUUCAGCCACCGUGUUUGCCCUUAGCACUAUGAUCAGCUCAAUCCAGGUAUACAACUUAUCCCAGAACGUUCAAGAAGAUGAUCUCCAGCACUUACAGCUCUUUACGGAAUACGGCAGGCUGGCCAUGGAGGAAACCUUCCUGAAACCUUUCCAGUCUCUCAUAUUCCUAGUUCGUGACUGGAGUUUCCCGUAUGAAUUUUUCUAUGGAGCUGAUGGUGGUUCAAAAUUUUUGGAAAAACGUCUUAAGGUCUCGGGAAAUCAACAUGAAGAAUUGCAGAAUGUCAGAAAACACAUCCAUUCCUGUUUCACAAACAUCUCCUGCUUUCUGUUACCUCAUCCUGGCUUGAAAGUAGCCACCAACCCAAAUUUUGACGGAAAACUAAAAGAAAUAGAUGCCGAGUUCAUCAAGAACUUGAAGGUGUUGAUUCCUUGGCUCCUUAGCCCCGAGAGCCUAGAUGUUAAGGAGAUCAAUGGAAAUAACAUCACCUGUCGAGGCCUUGUGGAAUACUUUAAGGCAUAUAUAAAGAUUUAUCAAGGAGAAGAAUUGCCACAUCCCAAAUCAAUGUUGCAGGCCACAGCUGAGGCUAACAAUUUAGCUGCAGUUGCCACUGCCAAGGACACCUACAUUAAGAGAAUGGAAGAGGUUUGUGGGGGAGACCGUCCGUUUCUCGCACCCAGUGACCUUCAGAACAAACACCUGGAGCUCAAGGAGGAAGCAGUGAAGCUGUUUCGAGGUGUUAAGAAGAUGGGUGGGGAGGAGUUCAGUCGCCGCUACCUACAGCAACUGGAGAACGAACUAGACGAGCUCUAUGUACAGUACAUUAAGCACAAUGACAGCAAGAACAUAUUCCACGCGGCACGUACCCCUGCAACCCUCUUUGUGGUCAUCUUCAUCACGUACGUGAUAGCUGGAGUGACCGGCUUCAUUGGCUUGGACAUCAUAGCCAGUCUAUGCAACAUGAUCAUGGGGUUGACCCUUAUCACUCUGUGCACCUGGGCAUAUAUCAGAUACUCUGGGGAAUACAGAGAACUGGGAGCAGUAAUAGACCAAGUGGCUGCAGCGUUGUGGGACCAGGGAAGCACGAAUGAGGCGUUGUACAAACUUUACAGUGCAGCAGCAACCCACAGACAUUUGUAUCACCACGCGUUCCCUGCACAGAAAUCAGAAUCCACUGAAGAGUCCGAAAAGAAGAACAUGUAAGACAGACGUUUUCACAUAGGUGCAUGAAUGAAGCACAUACACCUCAUCGGUUAAACACUCGCCUAGUUGUAUUCAUGUACAUGUUUCUGAAGCUCCUGAAGUGGAACAGGAGAGAACACAAAAUAAUUCACUUGUAAAGAUGGUUUCAUGUAUGUGUUUUAAUUUUGACAACACGGUGUUUGAUGGGAAGAUGUAGGCAUGUUUUUCAGUUCGUUUAUAUGUACAUACUUGAUUUUGCUGCAAAUAUAUACAAUACUCUUAAUUUUUAAUAUCAAGCAAUUCUUGCCUGGUUUGGACUGAUUUAAGAAAUCUUGCUUUCCACUUUAAAUUUAGUAUGCAAUAUGAUGAGAUCACUAACAACAUGAUGUGGUAAUUAGAUAUGUUUUCCAGAUGUAAACCCUAGCAUUAUUCAAAAGAACCACCUCUUAUAUUAUUCUCAGAUAUGCUUGUUCAAGUAAAUAUCACGUAACCAAAGGUUUGAUUAAUCAACGUUUUUCCUCAUAUCUGCCAUGAACUACACAAUUACAACACUUUUUAAAAAAACAUAUGUACUAACUUGCUUUGUCAGAAAUUGUAAGGCCACUUCUUCUGCUAUGGUAUAUUUAAUGAUAUUGUGAGGAAAGUAUGCUUUUUCCUUUGAUAAAUUUAAUGCAUAAAAAGAUGACUUUGUACAUGUAUUUGAGAAAGUUUCACUGUUUCUGUAUAUAUUUUCGUUUAGUGCUUAGAAAUUGUGUUCACAGUUCUAUUUUACUGUCAGAGAAUUAAAGUUUCCUUUCGGUUCCUAUGAAGUUGAUCAUAUCGUGAGCAAUUAAUUCACUAACUGGCAUUUUCUUAGAUCUUAGUGUUCAUCUAGGUUUAUUUUUCUAUCAUUUAUUUGAUGAACAUUGUGCUUUUCUUUAGACACAAUCCCUCAAAAAUGUUAGCUGCUGUUUUCAGAAAUGCAGAGUGGAAUUUGGAUUAUACUGAUCAUUCAGAGGGUGGCGGAUUUGCAUUGAAAUUUUUUUAAAUAAAAAACCCACAGAGCAACCACGGUACAUUUAGUAAAAGUCCUUGCUUUAGAGAGAAAUAGUAUGUAAAGUUGCAGGUAUGAAAAUUCAACUAUCUACACCUCUUUAAAUAUAGUAUACUUAGACUACUGAGGAAAGAUAUCUAUAAACACAGGAAAAAAGGCAUUUUUUACAAAAAAAAUUGUCUUAACU